CUGCAAAUGUCACUUGUGCAGAUGUCAAUGCACAUGUCACCUCUGCAGAUGUCACACUACCCAUCACUCCACAAAUGUCACUCUACAUGCCACUGCUAACGUCACCCCAAUAUACUGCAAAAUCGCGAGCCACCCCAAAUGUACUGCAAAUACUCGCACCCACGUGACUCCCAUCUACCAUAUCACCACCACCGUCCAUAGCGUCUCUAUUUCUAGUUCCAAUGCCACACGUCCCACGGAUCACCACCGAGGUUCCCAACGUCGAGAACACCGUCCCCAUCGCAUUGUACCAGGUGUCGUCUCCCGAGCGCUUCUCGCUCGAUGACGAUAAGUUCGUGCUUUACGGAGGAGGAGACGGCUUCCUGGCCCAGCUCUCUGCCAACGACCCUACCCAUACUUUAGUGGUAGCUCCCGAGCUCGACUUCGACUGGUCCCACCUCGCGUUGUACGUGUUGAACACCUCACUCGUGGUGUGGUCUGUCAACACAAAUGUGGGACUUGAGUUGCCCUACCAGAACAUCCUCCUCCAUGCGCUCAAAGACACCUCCCAGGGCCCUCUCCUUUACCUCCAGGUGCUCUCCAGUGCCGUGGCACAGGCUGUGCCUUCCCAGUCCUCGGAAUUCGCCCCUACCGUGGUACUCGAGAUCUCCCAACGUGGUUCCAGCGAGAGUCUGUCGCCUCUCUUUGCCCAUGUGGAUGCCACGGUGCUGGCAGUGUACCACGCAUUAUCCCAGUGCUCUGCCUUGCACUACGACACUGAUGAUGUCGAAGAACCGGCCCAGUUCCACGAGGAACCAGCUCUAGACAUCCCUGCUUCGUGGGUCCAGGAAACAGUAUUGGAUACCACAGGAAAUGCCGACGAUCUCGAGGAAAUUCCAGUGGCAGAUCCUGAGGACGAGGCUGCCAUGCAUGUGGACGUGGGGUACGCUUCGAUAGUGGGCAGCAUACGAAAGCGAGAGCAUGACUCGAAUGGAACUCCCAAGUCCAGACGGUUAGUGUAGUCCAAAAA